AUGUAUAAUGAUUCAUCAGAACAGGAUUUUACCUUCCAAGGAUUUAGUGAUCAAACAAUUCUUCAGAUUUUCCUCUUCCCAAUGUUCAUGUCCUUGUAUCUAAUCACUGUUGCUGGGAACUUGGGAAUCAUGCUGCUUAUAGUGACUGAUUCUCACCUGCACAGUCCCAUGUAUUUUUUCCUCUGUAACCUGGCAUUUAUUGAUCUUUGGUAUUCUUCAGGCAUCACACCUAAAAUGUUGGUUAAUUUAGUUUCUGUGGAGAAAAGCAUAUCAUACAUUGGGUGUGCAUGCCAAAUGUAUUUCUUCGUAGCUCUUGGCAGUACUGAGAGUUUUCUACUUGCAGCCAUGGCCUUUGAUCGCUAUAUAGCAAUAUGCAUCCCCCUUCUGUAUCUGAAGAACAUGACCAGGAGGAAGUGUCUUCAGUUGCUUAGUGGAUCCUAUGUGGCUGGCUUUCUUCACUCUUUAAUACAGACAUGUUGUACUUUUCGGCUUUCAUUUUGUGGUUCUCACUAUAUUCACCAUUUUUUUUGUGACAUUCCACCUCUGCUAAAAUUGUCCUGUUCUGACACCACUACAAAUGAGUUUAUACUGUCCAUUUUUGCAUCUUCUGUCACAUUUACUUCCAUCAUUGUCAUUGUCAUCUCUUAUACUUCUAUUUUACAUGCUGUAUUUAAAAGGAAAUCAUCCAAAGAGAGACGUAAAGCCUUCUCCACUUGUGCCUCUCACUUCACUUGUGUGAUUCUUUUCUAUAGUACAGUUAUAUUUAUGUACUUGAGACCAAGUUCUGUAUAUUCCUUAGAACAGGACAGAAUUACCUCAUUAGUUUACACACUGGUUAUUCCUAUGCUGAACCCUCUCAUAUACAGUUUACGGAAUCGAGAAAUGAAGCUUGCUUUGAAGAGGGCAACAAAAAUGUUAUCAGUCUUCUAG